UUCGUCUCCAGUCAAGUUUCUUUCUCGCUGAAAAUUCCCUUCCUGGCUCCUUCUCACUCUGUGUGUGUUGUGUGUUUGUGUCUGACUGUGACCUCCCACGUUUUCUUUUUUUCCGCUAAAAUGUUCCUUCUCGUCUAUUUCCUCGUCCCGGAUCACGGAAGAGGGACAACCCUCCUCUCUGAUGUCUGCCCCUCUGAUCAACUGACCGACUGAAGAUUCACACACAAGUGUGUGUGUGUGGAGAGCUACAGCGAGAGACACACAAUCUUAGCCUCGAAGUUCAGKUUUGCAACGCAUUUCCAGCUCGCUCUGAUAUCAGAGAAGUUAAAGGAAUGUGGACUAUUUCUCAUGGAAUUACCCGUGAGGAUUAACUCGCGAUAAAAAAAUCGGUGCUUGUGUUUGACCGUGGACUGGAGUAUAUGUCUGAGGUAUAUGAACUUGCUCCGUGUUCUGUAACCGCAGAGCUCAUGCAUGGUGAGUUUGAGACAGGCAGUUUGCUCCAGUCCAACUUCACAGUAAAAAGCAAAUCGGGAGAAAUGAUGCGAACAGCACGACAGUUUUARGCAAACUUUUACUUGAGUCUCUAGGGAAAACACGAGUAGCUAAUUGGUUUCUUUUCAGAACAGUAAAUUGUCCUUCCACGUUUGGGAUUUUAGUUUACGGUGUGCAAACGCCACGGACAGAAUGAACAUCUCUGAGCGCGUGGUACUUGCGCUGUUGCUCGCGCUGCUGGUGKGCUUUACCGGGGGCACACAAGCCCAAGUAGUGUCCGCCAAGGUGAUGCGGUCUUCAAACGUGAGGCGAGAUGACUUGUACCGGAAAGAAGAGGUUGUCACGGUAACUUCAGCUGGGGGAGCCAUCCAGAGCCCCCGCUUCCCGAACGCCUACCCCCGGAACCUGCAGUUGUCAUGGAAACUACUGUCGCCCCACAACACCCGCAUCGUCCUGGAGUUUGACUCCCACUUUGCGCUGGAGGAACCAGAGAACGAAGUCUGCAGGUAUGACUUUGUGGAGGUGGAGGACAUCUCAGAGACCAGUACAGUUAUCUGGGGGAGAUGGUGUGGUCAGAGAGUCCCCCCACGCCUCACCUCCAAAACCAACACCCUCAAAGUCACCUUCAAGUCAGAUGACUUCUUCGUGGCCAAGCCUGGCUUCAAACUCCACUACUCUCUACUG